AUGAGCUUCCGAGCGACAGCGCUGGCAAACUGGUGCUGGGAAGAGUCCAACAGCACCUUUAAUAUCAAUUGGAAGACUGCGACUGCUGUCUCGCUGGCGUCGCUGAGUAUUCCGGUCAACAACGAGCUUUUCACAAACCCGGAUUUUGCCGUCCUUAUCGGUUCGACUGGCGAUCCUAAUGCGUCUCCAAAACGAUAUUGGUCUGCCUUUAUAUCGUCCCACUACAUCCCAACCGUGGCAGACGUGAGCCUGCCGGGAGAAGAAAACAGGGAGCAAAUGUUCAUCCGCAAACUCCGGCCACCCGCCGAACCGACGGUUAUCUAA